UGCUGUUUUCGUGAAUUCGUUUUCAAGUUUUCACGUGAAUAAAGAGAUAUAUAAUUGGUCUGAACACGAAACGCAACUUUGAACACCAUCCGUGCGACAUUUAUUGAUGCAUCUGAAAAAGGAAACAACAUGCGUGUAACAUUCUGCAUUGCACAUAAAAGGCCAAUACGUUAAACAAAAUGGAAUUUAAUGCCUUAAUGACUGCGUCUCAAAAUGAAUACGACAAGGUGGUAGAUAUUCUUAUUAAAGCAGGAGCAGAUAUAAACUAUGUAAAACAAGAUGGAUAUGAAACAUUUAUGAUUACAUCUGAAUAUGAACACGAAAAGUUAGUAGCUCUUCUUAAUAAAGCAGGAGCAGAUAUACUUCAUGUCGAAAAUAAUAUACAGAAUGCCUUAAUUAUUGCAUCUCAAAAUGGAGACGACAAGCUGGUAAAUAUUCUUAUUAAAUCAGGAGCAGACAUAAACUUUGUAAAACAAGAUGGAUAUAAUGCCUUAAUGAUUGCAUCUUUAUAUGGACACGAUAAAGUGAUAGAUAUUCUUAUUGAAGCGGGAGCAGACAUAAAUCACGUGGAAGAUGAUGGAUUUAAUGCCUUAAUGAUUGCAUCUAGAAAUGGACACGACAAUGUUGUAGAUCAUCUUAUUAAAGCAGGAGCAGACAUACAUCAUGUAAACGAUAAACUAUGGAAUGCCUUAAUGUUUGCAUCUCACUAUGGAAACGACAAGGUGGUAGAAAUUCUUAUUAAAGCAGGAUCAGACAUACAUGAAUUACAACAAAAUAAAUAUAAUGCAUUAAUGAUUGCUUCCCAAAAUGGACACGACAAGGUGGUAGAUAUUCUUAUUAAAGCAGGAGCAGACAUCAAUCAUGUGGAAGAUGAUGGAUGGAAUGCCUUACUUGAAGCAUCUCAAAAUGGACACGACAAGGUGGUAGAAAUUCUUAUUAAAGCAGGAGCAGACAUAAACUAUGUAAAACAAAAUGAUUAUAAUGCCUUAAUGGUUGCAUCUCAAAAUGGACACGACAAGGUGGUAGAUUUUCUUAUUAAAGCAGGAGCAGACGUAAAUCAUGUGAAAGAUGACGGAUGGAAUGCCUUAAUGAUUGCAUCUUAUAAUGGACACGACAAGGUGGUAGAUAUUCUUAUAAAAGCAGGAACAGACAUAAAUCACGUGGAAUAUGUUGGAAAGAAUGCAUUAAUGAUUUCGUCUUUAAUUGGACACGACAAGGUAGUAGAUAUUCUUAUUAAAGCGAGAGCAGACAUACAUCACGUGGAAGAAAAUGGAUGGAAUGCCUUAAUGCUUGCAUCUCAAAAUGGACACGACAAGGUGGUAGAUAUUCUUAUUAAAGCAGGAGCAGACAUAAAUUUCGUGAAAGAAAAUGGAUGGAAUGCAUUACUGAUUGCAUCUCAAAAUGGACACGAAAAGGUGGUAGAUAUUCUUAUUAAAGCAGGAGCAGAUAUACACCAUGUAAAAGAAAAUGGAUGGAACGCCUUAAUGAUUGCAUCUCAAAGCGGACACGAAAAGGUGGUAGAUAUUUUAAUUAACGCAGGAGCAGACAUAAAUCACGUGGAAGAUGCUACAAGGAAUGCCUUAAUGAUUGCAUCUCUAAAUGGACACGACAAGGUGGUAGAUAUUCUUAUUAAAGCCGGAGCAGACAUAAAUCAUGUGGGGGAUAAUGGAUGGAAUGCAUUGCUGAUUGCAUUACAAGAAGAACACGACAAGGUGGUAGAUAUUCUAAUUAAAUGUGGAGCAGACAUAAAUCAUUUGAAAGAUAAUGGAUGGAAUGCCUUAAUGAUUGCAUCUCAAAAUGGACACGACAAGGUGGUAGAUAUUCUUAUUGAAGCAGGAGCAGACAUAAAUCAUUUGAAAGAUAAUGGAUGGAAUGCCUUAAUGAUUGCAUCUCAAAAUGGACACAACAAGGUGGUAGAUAUUCUAAUUAAAUGUGGAGCAGACAUACAUAUCGUGGAAGAAGAUGGAUAUAAUGCCUUAAUGAUUGCAUCUAAAAAAGGACACGAAAAGGUGGUAGAUAUUCUUAUUAAAGCAGGAGCAGACAUAAGCCAUGUAAAACAAAAUGGAAAUAAUGCCUUAUUGAUUGCAUCUAACCAUGGACACGACAAGGUGGUAGAUAGUCUUAUUAAUGAGGGAGCUGACAUAAUCUAUGUAAAUGAAAUCGCUCAAGACUCUUCAUUUUUAGGUGAUCGAAAAAAUGAUAAUAAAGAUUGCCUCAAUACGUUUAGCUUCAGAACGACUCUAUUGUUGGAAUUAAUUGAUGUGUGCUUUCUUGCAUUUGAAAAUAAACAGAAACAUGUUAUUGAUACGUUAUCUUCAAUGAACUUUAAAAUUAUCGGUAAAACGACAUCAACAACAAUGUUUCAUUUUUUAAUAUCUCUAUUUGAAAAAGCACUAAAACAAGAUUUACAAAACGUCACCAAAAACGAACUGAGAGACGCAACCGUCAGUGAACAAAACGACGCAGAAGUCCGCCACGUUAAAAGAUCCAUCGAUUGCUAUAUAAAGACUGUUCUUCUGUCUCACAACAAUCAGAGAACAAACUAUUAUGAAUUAAAGGAGUUUGUUUCUGAUGUUAUGUCAGAGUUUUUGAACAUGAGAGACUUUGACGCUUUACAUUUCUUCAUGUGUCAGAGGUGUUUGAGGACAAUUUACUCUAUUCUAAAUGCGGAAGAUAAUCUGAAGUUUUUCACACUACUCUUAGAUCUUAACUAUGCGGAUAUAACGUCGAGAUGUUUAAACUAUGAAAAUCUUCUUGAUACAAGGGCACCAGGUUUUAGCACGUCUUUAAUUCGUGAUAUGUUGAGUCUGUUGAUAAGCGGUAGUCAUCAUAGUACAGAGUUUGGUUUGCGUUUGGCAGAGAAGGACGUUGUGAAAACAUUUACAGAUUGCCUCACCCUUUACAAAGACGUACAGAACUCCCAAUCUAAAUGGAUCAUUAGUCAAGUUGUUACCAUUUUAUAUAACAUUGCCCGAAGAAAGGGCGCGAAGAUUUUUUUCUCAAUGAACAACACGUACAGUGUUAUUCAAAAUAUGGAUUUCAAAGAAAAAGCCGUAGCUAUGGAUGCAGCACUUUUACUGUUAAAUAUACAAGAGGAUUCUCCUAUAGAUACAGGGGCAUUUAAGAAUUUAAAACAUCGUCUAAAAGAAACUUUGAUUCGAGAUGUUGUAAGGAAUGAAGAGGAUCUAGGAGGAUAUUCGCGAUCUGAGCUCCUUCAAGGACUGGCAAAAUUCUUAGAACAAAAUGAGGAUGUGCUGAACGAGGUACUUCCAUUGUUUCCGCACUUAAAAGAAAUACUAACACAUAAUGAUCCUGAUGAACAAAUAUUUACGACACAAUGUUUGAGAGAACUAAGUAGAAAUAAAGAGGGAAGUGAGAAAAUCAUCACAGACGAAGAAUUAAAUGACAUGUUAAUAGAAUUAAUAAACAGCCAUAAUGGGGAUCUUUCUGCUAACGUACAUUCAGUACUUUGGAGAGCUGGACGUACAACAGGAAUAUUGCCAUCAAAAACAGAUGUUGUGCUGUCUGAUGAGUUUCCCAAGAAAUUUGAAAUUAAACCAGCGUCGUUAGGUCAAGGAGGUUUUGGUAGCGUCCAUCUUGUUGUGGAUAUAGAUCAACCAGAGGAUGAAAAAUUUGUUGCAAAGAAAACACACGCAGACCCAAAUAACCAAAAGAAGUGGAUGGAGAGCUUACAAUUAGAGGCUUCAACUCUAAUUAAACUGAAACACAAAAACAUAGUCAAGUUUCAUGGGUAUCAAAGGAAAGAAAAUAAUAUAAUCUUAUUUCUGGAGUACCUAAAAAUGGGCACCCUUUCCACGUUCAUCAAACAACACACAAGACUCAAUGAAGGUUUGACCAGACAGUUUACAAUUCAAAUUCUGGAAGGCGUAAAAUACCUACAUGAAAACAACAUCUUGCAUUUGGACAUCAAAGGUACUAAUAUUCUAAUGGUGGACGAAUCAAACAUUAAGCUAACAGACUUUGGCCUGUCGACAAUACUUAACGAGGAAGAAGGAGUUGAAGCAGAAAGGGGCACAACUCGAUAUAUGGCUCCUGAGAUGAUUAACUGCCCUGAUGGUAGAAUAUUUAAACAUUGUUGCAGCUUGGACAUUUGGAGUGUGGGAAGUACAGUUGUAGAGAUGAUAACUGGAUCACCACCAAACUCAACAACGACAUCAGUCAGGGUACUUUUUAAAAUUGCUAUGCUGCAGAGACCAAAGUAUGAGCUGUCAAUCACAGCGUCAAAAAACCUACGAGAUUUUUUAGAAAAGACAUUUACACCUGAAGCAGAACAAAGACCAUCUGCAGAAGAUUUAUUGAGAGAAGAUCCGUUUAUAACAGACGGUUUAUAAAUGAUGACUAUUAUUGUAUGAUUUGUGCUUAUUAUUACAAAUACUCUGUAGCUAUCUUUUGUGAAUAAAUAUUUGAGCUGUUCGUGGAUAUGUAAAAGUUGUAAAGAUACAAAAUAAAUCUUUAGAUAAGCAUUAAACAAGAUGAAAGUGUUAAAUAUUUAUAGUAAAUGCAAAUGUGUGCUUCAAAUUAGCCAUAUAUAAUGUAAAAAAAUAAGUUUUUUUUUAUCAGUUUACUGUCAAAAUAUAUCUUUAAUAAAAAUCAUUGUAAAACUCAUUUAGCCACAUUUUUUAACAGUUAUAUUAAAGAAAGUAUACAAUAAAAUAAAAAACAUCACUAAUUGUUGAAAACCAGCUAUGAAAUCGUGUCCGAAUAUCUUUUUUACCACAGUGUUUCUCAAUCCUAAUAAAAUGUACUAUUAGCUAUUGUGAAAAGGAAAGCAUAAUUUCCAUUGGUAUUAUAAGAAUGUUUAAAAGCCAAGACUUCAAACGCAGGAAAUUAAUUUUACAAUCUUAUUAGAGGAUUAAAAGAAAUAUUUAUGUUAAUUUUCAGGAACAAUGUUUUAUAAAUAAACGAAUUAGAAAGCGCCCGAUCUUUAGCUAUGGUUUGUAAAAUCUGAUAUUUUUUGACAAAGUAAAAAUAUUGUAGCGCAUAUAUGUUGAUUUUAGAUAUAUUGUGUAAUUAAAUCUAAACCUUAUAAAAUAUUAGUUUUUUCAAACAAAUCAGUUUAGUUGUCUAAACAUUAAGUUUGCUGCUAUUCGCCAAAUAAUCGGACCACAUUUUCUGAUACGUGAACCUGCAAUAAUCAGUUUAGUUUUCUCAACAUUAAGUUCGUUUCUAUUUGCCAAUAUAUGGGACGACAUUUUCGGAGACCUGAGUUAAUUAUUGCUAAGUAAAACUUUACGAUUUCCGACCACUGGCUUGAUUUAGUAAGACGUCGCUGAUUUCUGCCAGCUGUGAUGCACACGUGACUCAUCAUAGAAAAAGUAAUGGCGAAUACGCAUAGUGCUGACCACUUCAUCUUUUCAUUCAAAAUGUCACAGAAACUGCACUACAGACAGUCAGUUAAAAAAUUGUAACUUCAUUUUUUCUAUGAAUAACUUUAUAUUUUAAUCUACUUUACAGUUCACUUUAUGUUUACUUAUGAAUAAAAUAAUAUAGCAAAACAUAAAAUACUUAUCCAACCAAUCUAUUUUUCAACUAUAUAAGUCAACUAUAAUAAAUAAUGUUAUACAAAAAUGGUAUAUACACUAUGCAUUUUUACAUGAUUAGAUUAUAGAUCACGUACUAUAACAUCAUGAUGUUAUACACUCAAACACACGUUGUUCAGGUUUUGCUACAGAUGCUUGAAUCUGCUUUAUAAAAUAUAUUAUUUCAGUCGUUUUGUGUAAUAUAUUAUUUAUUAACAUUAUUUUGGAUAUAUUUUAUAUAUUGUAUUUUUAUUUUUAUUUUUAGAAAACAUGGUAAUACAAAUUUUAAAGUUAUGUCAGUUAAAAUAAAUUAUAUUUCAUGCAUUAUUAUCACUGUCACUAAGCAUACAAUAUUAAAAUUAAGUGUUUUAACAUAAAUAAUUACAUAUAUUAAUAACACUUUAAACUGUUUGCAAUUACUUAUUGCGUAUUAAUAUUUUCAUCUAUUUCCAUACAUUUUAACGAAUAUUAUUGUUGAUAAGCUGUAUAAAUUUUCAAAUAUUUUCAUUAAAGCCUUAGCUAAACCAGAGCCAAAUGGAAAUAGGCAUAAUGUAUUUGAAUGUAAUUAAUAAGAGGAAAAUAUAAUUUCUUACUCAAGGUUUUAAGGUUGGAGAUAUGUGGGAGG